AUGAAUUGUCGUGGGCGUAAGUUGAAUUAUGGAAAUAGAGCGACGACAGUCGACGAGACGCGCUGUUCAAACAAUGCCAUAACGACAUCUGAGCUAGAGUCGCUGCUGUGUAAGCAGGAGGGCGCCUCACUCGCGCCCGCCCACAUGGACCUAUUCGACGGUGGAACUUCCUCACGCGACGAUGCAUUCCUCCGGCCUGCCCUCUGGGAGGACAUCGCUUCCUCCAUCAGAAACAUCGACCCCGAGAACGCGAACAUGCUCGCGCCGCUCGGCUCCACACACGUCAAGCUGGAAGCUGACGAGGCGCUCCUGGAAGAGUGCGCCACCCCGCUACUCAGUCCCCUCGAGAUCAAGACGGAGAGACUGUGCGCGCCGCCCACGUACGCGCACCCGCAGCCCCCGCAGCACCAGCCGCCGCAUCAGCCGAACACCUCGUUCGCCAAGUACCCGCCCUCGCGGCUCGUCUACAUGUCCCCGCUGACGCCGCCCAGCUCCGAGCAGGGCAGCCCCGGCAACACCAUGCAGGGCGCAGGCCGACGCACGCCGCCGCCGCCGUACCACCCGCCGCCGCUGCUCAGAGCGCCGCACGUGCCGCCGCACCCUGGCCCGCACCAACAUCACCAUCCACAGACGAUGGCGCCGGUGCAGGUGGCGCCGCAGCCGCCCCCGCCGCCGGUGCACCACGCACCGCUGCAGCACGCGCGUCUGGCGCCGCCGCACCACGUCAAGUACAACCGGCGGAACAACCCCGAGCUCGAGAAGAGACGAGUGCACCAUUGUGACUUCAUAGGUUGUACCAAAGUUUACACAAAAAGUUCACAUCUAAAGGCGCACCAGCGGAUACACACAGGUGAAAAGCCGUAUACGUGUCAGUGGCCGGAGUGCGAGUGGCGGUUCGCGCGAUCUGACGAGCUGACGCGUCACUACCGCAAGCACACGGGGGCAAAGCCAUUCAAAUGCGCCGUCUGCGAGCGCUCAUUCGCACGCUCAGACCACUUGGCACUGCACAUGAAGAGGCACCUGCCGAAGACGUCUAAAUGACACACGAGGAGGGGCGGGGAUCAGCCGCCCGCUCCACACAACACUCAGGAGGAGUGCAGUGAGAGCAUCUUCCUGGAGUGUGACCUGGACACUACCCUGAUGGACACGUUCUACGGCGUACUGUGACCGAGCACGGGGCUCCAGCUCAUCGGCUCACUACCAUGUCAACCAUGCUUAUUGUAUAUUUUGUUAAAGCGAAGAUGACAGCACUCCACGAACUUCAAGUGUCAUUGACAUUCGUACGACUGUUAAAAAGUUUCCAGUGAAUAAGAAUAUGAUUUAUAAAACAAAUCUUCCAUCGUUAAAGAGUGAUGGUACUUAAUGUGAGUAAGUAGUUAAGUACUCGUACACAACUAUCAGUUAACCAUAAAUAUACGAUUCUCUAUAUAAAGUCACAAUACGUACAAUACAACAGCAUUACCAAGGAAAUCGCUUUACAUAAUAUAUACCUUAUUAAUUGUAAAUGACUCAAUUAGUCAUGUUAUGAUGUAAAUUAAAAUGACAAAUGUUUUAAUGGAGCGAGGUUUGCGACACCGUUGCUAAAGACUCUCGUUGCUCUGAGUCUUGCUUCUAUCAUUGAAGCCAACAAGUAUCUCGAUUGGCAUUAACCCAUCACGCAAAUAUAAUGGAACUUCCUUUUGCUAAUUAAUUAAGAUCCGAGUUGAGUUGUAUUUUGUAGAGUCCCAGUACAUUUCGAUGUAACUAGUGAAUGCAACUAAUACAAAACAUUUUGCAGUCCCAGAGAAGUUGUGUGCCCUAUCCACACGAAAUUUGUAAUAAAACAAAUCUUAAGUGUCGAGAGAUUCCUAAAAUAAUUGCUCACUACAACAGCAACGGUGUCCCUUUAAAACUUCGCGAAUUAAAAGCUCUAAGUAUUCAUUAGAUAUGAUUAGUUAAUUUAUAGUAAGUUAAUUAAUAAGAGAGCAAGGAAUAUCCAAGAUAUUAUCUUUUAAUAUUAUUAUUGCGUAAAUAUCAGUAAGUAGAAGUAUGUUAGUCUUAAUGUACGGACGCAUGUUUCAAUGGUACGAUCUCAGUGAUGAAAUUGUACGAAGUAUGAAAUUAUAAAUUUUCCCGACUAGGUAGAUAUGUACCAUAUCUUAACUAUUUUCUCUGCAGUGAGAAUGUCUCUAGCAUUAAGUCCGCUUAUUAAUGUUUUUAUUGCAUAGAGAUUAAAUAAACAUCUUGUAACACCCGACCUUUGGUAUUGAAAUGUAACAACAUUAUGAAGUAGCUUAACAGCAGACAGCAGCAACGAGUCGUAAAGAAUUUAAUAAUGCCCUUCUGUCAUUGUGAUUCUCAUAGAAACAUAGAAAAGUCUGUUCAUCCCUUAAUAUUGUACUGAAUAAGUAUCUGCGUACUAUAUAACCUAAGAUCGUAUUAUUGGAACAUUCAAAUUUUACACUUUCUAGUCUCGAUUUAUUAAAGUUUGUUUUUUUUCACAUUUUCAUAUCAUCAACAGAUUGCCUUAACAAUAUUUGCCUGGCAAAGUGAAUCAACGUGUUUCAUCAUACAUAUUUUAUUAUUGAUAACAAUAUGUAUUUAUUUUAUACUUUCUAAUAUAUUAACAGUUAAAAUAUUAUAGAAAAUUAAUAAACGUAGCGCCUAAUGUAAUGUUAACUUGUAUCUUACGAAGUGCUUUAGGCAGUUUAGUGAGGAAUAUAUUGAUUCAGCCUUAUUGCCUCCGUCCAGGUGUUUGUACGCUCGCCACGGCGACUCGACCGGCCACACAAUUUAUACCUAAAUCUUAUAAUAUAUACUAUAACGCAUUUGCCAUCUUGAAUAGUCACUAGUAUUUUGUGCUACUCUAAGUUAUACUUACCUACAUUGCAGUUUAAAUAACAUUAGAAAUCUUCCUAUUGUAACUUGCUUGUUGUUUUCCUUUUCGUUCGAGUUACAUUGGUUAAAAGACACUAAGACCUACCGGUAGAACCUAUUUUGAAUUUGUAUCAUCAUUAACUUUCAUUCAUAUCUGUAUUCCAAAAUUAAAUUACUGAAUUCUAAUGUUAUUUCUGACGCAAUGUUAUCAGAAAGUAGGUUUUAAUUAAUAUUUAGCCUUAUAUUUACAAAUAUGUAGUUUCGUUUUCAUAGCCCUUCUUGCCUCUAUUUAUAAUAUACAGUAUAACCAAAAUUUGUAAAUACGAAAUGUAUACUAUAGCAUAAUUGUAUCUAAUGCUAUUCCACGGCUUAUGUACUUAUAUACUUUUAUGUAUAUCUAUAUUUAUACAUUUACAUAUAUUAUACAAAGUCUGGCUUCGUUACUACACUUAGAAGUACAGGCAACUACAAAAAUAAACAAUUGAAUUUACCAGAACUAUUGACGUGGCUUAUGGUGUUGAUACUAAAAUAAAAAGGUUACUAAAAAGGUAAGGAGUUUCAAAAGCAACAUUUUGGUAGUUAUCUGUGCUUCCCCAGUGCAAUAAAGAUAUUUAAAAGAUUUUAUCAUGACCCGCACUUCGCAUCCUUCAUGUACCAUAUAAGAUCCCCUACGUAAUAAUUUCGAAGCUAACAUGUGACACCCACGCACUGUAAUCUUGCCACUGUUUCUUGCAUUUAUUUUUAUGUAUAAACUUGUGCGAACUUUUUUAACUUUGUGAAAAUGAACCAAAAGGUAUUUUUGUGCUAUAAUUUUAAAUCUAAAAACCCUGAGUGUCGUGUAAGGAUAACCUCUAGUCCGGAACGUAGUUAUUUCAUGAGGAAUUUAAGGAACUAGAGACGAAUGACUUUAUCGUAAUGCCUUUUGAAACAUUACACAAUUAAAUGAGGCCUUAAUAUAGUGACUUGCUGUACGGAAGUAGUCUAUAAUUUUAACAUUAGCAAGACGAGACAACAACUAAACGUAGAUGUUAAGGCAGACGUAGUUGUGACGAGAGUUCGUCUAUGCUGAUUUUCUUAAACCGAAUAAUUGCCAUAAACAUGUCGGUAGAUGCCAUAUUUUUAAUUAAAACUUAAUUUUAGUUUUAUAAAAAUCAGUAGUUCUAAGCUCGUUUUUCUGUAUAAAAAUCGUACCUCACUAUGUUCUGUUCUUGCUUACUUCUUUAUUGUUUCGAUUGCCGCUUAUUUUAUGCGAUUAUGUUUGUAUCUUUUUUCACGUGUAAUGUUUAUUUUUAAGUGCAUAGUUAAGUACGUUGACUAAGUCACAAGAUAAUUUAUUACCAAUGACGUGUUUUUAAAUUCUUUUUAUAUACCUAUUUUUUAUAGUUGAGUGUAAAAAGUUGAGAUAUAUUAUAUUGAGAAAAUAGAUAUGGAUUUAAUGUGUUUAAAUAUAGUUCGUAGAUUUUGCCAGAAGUGUGAUUUACUAACAUUUUGUUAUUUGCCACUUAUAUUGUCGUAAUUAAUUUGUUCACUGUCGCAGCGAUUCGUCUGCAGUUUUAUGGAGUAAAACAUUGCAGUGUUUAUCACUUUUGUGCGAAACCUUUAACUCAAAGACUCUUUAAUUUUUUUAAAUCUGUAUCCCUUUUGAUGGUAUCACAUUUCUUCAAUCAAUGUACCAAUUUAUUAUUAAUAAUAAAUGUAUAAAAGUUUGCCAUGGAUAUUCUCUCAAUAUAGAGCAAAAACUUAAAAAAAAAAAACAAUUCAAAGCGAAGCACAAAACAUGAUAAACACUGUUCUGCCAUAUUA